AUGGUUAAAUUACAUGCAUUGAUUGACAAGUCACUCAACGAACCAGCUAGUAGACUUACUCAUUACAAACGACUGCUUGCUGAACUUGAAACAGGCGAAAAUGAUGAAACAGUUUAUCAUGGCAUUUCACUCACUGGAUUCAACGUUGCUAAUAAUGAUGUUUCGAGCAUGGAAAAGCACUUUCAAGAUUUGCGAGCAUCCGGGGUUUUCACCCAUAUCAUAUCAAUUUUGGAUAUCCAGUUAUGGCCAAAAGAAUCAGAUGGUGAUCUUUCAUUUGGUGAUGGUGCUGUGAGCGAUUUGUUAAAUUUGUUCAAGAAUCUUCUUGACAAAAAUGGUUGCGAUGUUGACAAGGCGGUAACAGAAUGGGACACCCUGAAGACAUUCGUGCAACCUUUGGUUUCAAGCAACAAAGAAAUUACCUAUUUGGAAGUCUGGAAACGUGUUUUGACAAACGACUCAAUCAAAUCAGAGUGUGAAAACAUUCUUCACCUAAUUGAAAUUUUUCUUAUAAUUCCAUUCAGAAAUGCAAAGGUUGAAAGAAUGCUUUCACGCAUGAAUCAUGUUAAGUCAGAUUGGAGAAAUCGAUUGAAUCGAGAUACACUUGACAACUUGCUACGAAUUAGCGAAGACGGCCCAACGCUAGACGACUUCAAUCCCGAUAUUGCAAUAGACAAGUGGUUCACCGAGAAAGUACGAAGGUUGAAGACAGGAAGACACAACUAUCCUGCUAAGAGAAAAAGAAAAGCAGAUGGGAAUGCUGUGGCAAGUGCAGACACUGUAGAUAUUGCAGAAUUUGUCUUAUCUGACUUGGAAUUGCCAUCAAGUGAUGAAGAUGAGUAG